AUGCGCUCAAGAGGAAGCCUUCCUAUUAUUUACACUGAAGAUGAUUUACGCCCCAAUUGGCAGAAAAAUUCUAAAGAUCAGUCAAUCAAACCGCACAAAGACAAAGUUGGAGCUAAGGAUCUUAUCGCUCGCAAGAUAGCUUGUCGUCUGCCAACUCGUUGUUGUAAAUCAUCAUGUCUAAAUGACCAGUUAACGACUAAUGAUCGAGAUGAGGCAAUGAACAAUAUAAAAACAGAAAAAUUAUUGGUGCCAAGAAAAUUGGUACCAAUUGUUUCGGAAAAAAAGUUAGGUAUUGAUUCAUGCGAUUCGAAUUCUCUUGAAUCAAUUAAUUUCGAAAAUGAUUUGAUAAUUGCUAAUAUUGUUAGAAAUGCGGAAGAAAGAUCUAAAAAAGAUGUUCAAAUCAGCAGAAGAAUAAGAGAGAGAGAAAUUAAGUCCAGGGAUUUUUCGAAGGAAUCUGAUCAACAACCCUCGUUAAUAAUGGAACGAUUAGAGAACUUACUGGAAAAAUUAUCAGAAAAUAGAACUCGGACAAACUCGCUGCUGAAUAGCAAUUGCUCAUCGAAAAAAAUCGCUGAAAACGGUAAUCCAUCAAAUCAAAACUAUCGGCCAAAUGAUCAGUUAUUCAAUAAAUAUGGAGAUAAUAAGUCUGUGGAAAGCAAUUUGUUUCAAGGGCAAAAAACUAAGCCAUCAAUCCUCAAACAUUUGAAAAAAGAAGAAAAUGAAACUAAAAAAGACGGGCAAAAACCUGGGACGACAGAGAAAAUAUUUCCGAAUGCAUCUAAAGUAAAUAAUCUUUUUAAAAUUUUAAAUUAA